AUGACGGAAUACAAGUUGGUUGUGGUGGGCGAUGGAGGUGUUGGCAAAUCGGCUCUCACUAUUCAGCUGAUUCAGAACCAUUUCGUGGAAGAGUACGAUCCAACGAUUGAGGACAGUUACCGCAAACAGGUUGUGAUUGAUGGUGAAACAUGUUUGCUGGACAUUCUGGAUACCGCGGGACAGGAAGAAUAUUCUGCUAUGCGUGAUCAAUACAUGCGUACAGGUGAAGGAUUCCUGCUUGUUUUUGCUGUAAACGAAUCGAAAUCAUUUGAAAAUGUCGCCAAUUACCGCGAACAAAUACGACGGGUAAAAGAUAGUGAUGACGUACCGAUGGUACUGGUGGGAAACAAAUGUGAUCUUGCUCAACGUGCCGUAGAUGGACGAACUGUGGCAGAUGCCGCUAGAGCUUAUGGUAUACCUAUGGUCGACACAUCAGCUAAGACCAGAAUGGGUGUGGACGACGCAUUCUACACAUUAGUUCGUGAGAUAAGAAGGCACCGAGAGCGAAAUCGAGAUGCGCCAAGAAAGAAGAAGAAGUGCUCAAUCCUGUGA